GUUUGCAGUCUAUUUAUAUAGUUAUUCUUGUUGAUAUUCAAUGCCAUUCUCGCGCAUCAGUGUCUCUAGCUCACGCUUUACAAAAAGAGCCUCUUCCAUUCGACCCUCUCGUAGCUUGUCGUUCAGAUCUAUACGCAAUCCGUCCAGUCGAUCCAUCAAUUCCUGCUCGGCCUUGAGGACGGCCUCGUCCUGGCCAGCGACUUGGACGAAAUUCAGUCGUGGAAGUUUCAACCACGGCAGCGGAUCAGUUCGGGCGAGGGUACGAUCCUGAUCCGCCAACGGUUGGAAUCCCGACUUUGAAUACCCGCGUCCGUCCUUCAAAAAGGCACUCAGGCCCUGCUCGCCUCGCAGUUGCUCGUUGAUCAGACCUUGUGCGGCGGCAAACAAACCCAGCGUAAGCACAAUUAUCAGCGGAACGAAGGGAAGAUCGCCGUCCAUAAGAAACCAGUCGUCGAAUGGGUUUGCGCACAGCAACAUUCGUUCAGAAGAGCGUUUGUAUGGCCGUAGCAACCAUGUACGCGGUGGUAUGACAUGCGGUCCCACACUGGACAAUGAACGGGUUGGCAGUAACUGUCGCCCAUCUUUCCCCGAAAGUCUUGUAUGUGGAACCGUGUACACCAGCCAACCGUAACUUGAUUGCAAUAGUAAGAAAAUAAAACCCAGAGCAUUUAGCCUUUGCAUGGUAAACUUUCCGAACUUUCCGAAAUGAUCUGCAAAGCUGCUUCGUCGUACGUGCACGUAUUGUCCGCGCUGAGCGUUCGCGCGCAGACAGUGCCUCCUCCCAGGCACUUCUGGCUAACUCAAACGUUGCGUUCGCACUCAGAAGAAGGUGCUGGAACUAUGGAACUGGCCAGUAAAGAGACGAAAGGGAUAUUGAUCCUGCAUCGGAGUGGUGUUAAAAUCAAGACUUCACAGAAGAAUAAGGAUCACCCGCCGGUCCUUUUACUCUUGUCCGGAUUCCCAGAUACCGCCGACACCUGGGAUAGAUUCGCGGCUCCUUUCGAAUCCAAGUACCAUGUCGUCAAAAUGGCAUACCCGGGAAUGGAGGUGCCCAUCACCAAGUGGUGGGGAUACUCGUUCCCAGAAGUUCAGGAUGCCCUGCUGAAUGUGGUGCAAGGAUACCGCGACAUGGGCUGCGAAAAUGUCUACCUGGUGGGACAUGACUGGGGAGCUAUCGCGUCCAUCAUGUACGCCAACAGGUAUCCUUCGACAAUCACCAAGCUCGUUCUGGAAGAUGUGGGAGUUGUCUCGUUGUCUGAAGUUACAUUUUCCGAAGCGAUGGUUACGCUGAUCUAUCAAUGGUUCCUCACUUUUUUAUUCCUACUGUCAAGAUUUUUUCCGGGCACUUGGUGGUUUCAUUUUUUGGUGAACCAUUUUCCGUGGGCGACACUUGGACCUGAUCCCAGCCUACGGGUACAAAAAAAUCUCACCAAGGUACAACCGUGGCAGUGCCAUCCCUAUUGGCAGCUGGUGAUGUUCGUACUUCGAGCAAGGAACUUAUCCGUGCUGCGAUUUCCUAAGGACGUGGCUAUCCUCUUUGUGUAUGGGAAACACAAGAAUUGCUGUUUCCACGGUCAACGAUUUCUAAACAAACUAGAUCAGAUCGCAACUUGUCGUCAGGUUGGCUACGAUACGGGCCAUUGGGUCCACGAAACGGAACACGAACGGUUUGCAGCUGAUGUGCAAGCCUUUUUGGAGUCGUGAACGUCGUGGUCGGUGGUAUCCAGGGCUGUGACUGCUUCAUAGUUGAAAGUGUGUGACGACAAGACGAAUCCCUCAACAAACUUCAUGUUGUUUUUCUGUCACAGGAGCAAGAAAAGACGUGUAUCAUAGAAAGAGUACUGUAAAUCAUGUAUUGUUUAUU